CUGUUCGAUAUCGACAGUCAAUUCACCUCCAGCACCAAACCGCCGGACGGCCGUCUCAUGAGCUCCUGCAGAAGAGCCAGAGGCCGGACAACACAGCUGGACAGCCACGAGGCGUUCACCCGGCGUGCUGCGUCUUUCCCACGUAGUUUCUGGACUUGUCAAGGCUGCCGAGCCACAUUCCAGCAGCUUCUCUUCACUGCCAAGAAGCCGCCAGCUGCCGCGUACCGCCGACUCCCCGCUAGCGCCGCCGCCGCAUGCCCGCCGGCCGCCGCCGCCGCUCCGCGCCCCGCGCCGCGCGCCACACGACGCCAUUCGGAGAGGAGCGCUCGGGGGGGUUUCUGGCCGCGGCGGGCGGGCGGCGGCAGCAGCAGUGACCGCCCCUCCACGGCUGAAGACCACCGGCCGCCGGGGCAGCGCGACUCUGAGCCCGAGGAGAGCGGCGCCGCAGCGGUUGCUCUCUUCCUGCCGCACGCGGACGACGUCGACGCGGAAUACGUGCGGUUGGUGGUCUCGGAGCUGGUGGGCAAAGCGGGCGAGGAGCCGGGCUUCCUGUUCCUGCUCCUGCUCCUGUCUAUGGUGCAGGUUGGGGGGGCGAAGCACCACCGGACUGAGCCCAACAGCUGGCCGGCUCUGCUGGCAUGCAAACAGGGGGGUGGAUCAGCCCCCAUGCGGUGGGUGAAUUUUAGGCUGCCGCAUCCGGAGCGCCUCUCGCCCCCCACCUCAUCUUCCUCCACCCCCCGUUCUUCCUCCUCCUCCUCCUUCCCCGUCUCAGCCAAAUCCAUGCGGUUUAUUUGGAACAACAUUUUCAGCAAAGGAUCGCAUAUGCUGCAGUGUCUUUGUGGCAGGAGCCUCAAGAAAAACAAGAACCCAACUGACUGCACUGUUCGACUGGUUGCUGGUGUUUCUCUGCAAUCGCAGCUGUGCAGCAAGUGGGAGCACUACAGGGAGGGGAAGGACGGGAUGGGGGGGUAA